AUGUCCUUUGCCCCCGGUGGAACAUCUAUGGCUGAUGAAGAAGAUGAACCUUCCGAAGUUGUUAUUCCAAAAAGACAUGGUCUAGGCCGAAAGGCUGUUGAGCGCAGCGCCACUCAGCGCAACCAACUUCCUUCAGGCGCCGCAGAAACUCUCUCCGAGCGCUUUGGCCGUGAUCAAGAUCGGCCCAGCUAUAGCAAUGAUUACCUCAAAGAACUACGCGACUCGACCCCUUCGACGCCGAAGAGCACCACCGAUAACGAGCAAGACAGGACGGUCGAUGUGGCCGCCAAGUUCGGCGAGGUGAUGACCGUAUCUGGCCAAGCCGCCAUCCCCAGUGCCGCUGAGAUUCGGGAAAAGAAAGCCCGGAGGGCCCGUUUGGCCCUGGAGCACACCGCCAAUUCUACAGAGGAGGACUUUAUGGCGCUUGACGAUGGUGCUAUUAGCGACGAUGACUGGGACGCUAUCGCACGGGGUGAAAGGACAGCAGAAAACUCGAAAGACACACGGCUUGUACGAGACGAUGAAGACUUUGCCGAAGGAUUCGAGGAAUAUGUGGAAGAUGGAAAGAUUUCACUUGGAAAGAACGCGGAACGGGAGCAAAAGCGCAAGCAGCGUGAAGCCAUGCGCGAACUCAUCGAUGACGCCGAAAGACCUUCUGAUGAGGAAGACUCGGAUGUCGAAGAAAAGGCCGCCUAUGAAGCUACGCAGACCAAGGCCGCGAUGGGACAUAAGCAAGAUACCGACCGACCCCGCACGCCUCCCAAGAUGACAUCUUUGCCUAAACUGGCCAACAGUUUCGACCGAAUGCGUACUGCUCUGGCAGGAAUGGAAAACGCCAAGACACAGAUGAUUCGUCGUAUGGAGGACCUGCGAGUAGAAAAGGCUGAUAUCGCCCUUCGCGAGGUAGAAAUCCAGGGCAUGAUUAAAGAGGCAGGAGAUAACUAUGAACGACUGAAGAAGGAAGCCGGUGGCGAUCAAGUUACGAACGGAGAUACAUCAGCAGGCGCACUGGAGAAGUCACGAGGUCUGGAAAGCAUCGGAGCGCCGUUGCCAUCAAAUUCCAGCUCCGAUGAAUCCAUGUUAUGA